GUCUAUUUCUUUACGGAUUCUGAAGACGAGAACCUGAAAGCUCGACUUGGUGAUCAUUUGACCGAAACACUCUGCUCUACAGGGCACGACAGCUGGUCUUGCCACUUCGAUGACGACAACUAUGUCAAUAUUGGGAGGCUCAAAACUCUUCUAUUUUCAAUGAAUUCGACAUUACCAUGGUAUGUCGGAAAAUCGUCCACCCUUCGACCGCUCGAAAUUUCAUCAGCAGAUGGAAUGAAAUUGUUGCGAUCCAAUGGUACAGUUACAUGGUCACCAAUGGACAAGAAUAGCACAAGACAGACAAAGAUGGAAAGGUUCCGAUUUGCAAACAUGGAGGAAUGUUUGAAGACAAAUCGCGUAAAA